CACGCGAUCAAGGGGCUUGGUAAAAACCGUUACGCCUUUGUACAACUUGUACUUUUGACCGUAAAUGCAAAAUAAUUUUGUGAAUUAUUAAUAAAAAAAGUGUUUAUGAUAUACGUUUGAAACAAAUAUAAAGUGAAAAAAUGGCGCGAUAUGGGCAAAGACCCGAAAAUGCUCUGAAAAGGGCAAACGAAUUCAUUGAGGUUGGCAAAUCGGCCAGAGCUUUGGACACUUUGCAAGAAGUCUUCCGAAAUAAAAAAUGGACGUACAAUUGGUCAGAAUCCGUACUGGAACCAAUAAUGUUCAAGUACUUAGACCUAUGCGUAGAAUUAAAGAAAUCGCAUAUUGCGAAAGAAGGGCUUUUCCAGUACCGUAACAUGUUUCAAUCGGUUAACGUUGGAAGUUUAGAAAAUGUCAUUCGUGGUUAUUUACGUAUGGCAGAAGAGAAAACUAAUGCUGCAAGAAAACAAAGUCAACAAGCGGUCAUUGAUAUCGACGAUUUAGAUAAUCUUGCAACACCUGAGAGUAUUUUACUUUCAGCUGUUAGUGGUGAGGAUGCACAGGAUAGAAGCGACCGAACAAUUCUUACCCCUUGGGUGAAAUUUUUAUGGGAAUCGUACUGCCAAUGUUUAGAAUUGUUGAGAACUAAUGCACACGUAGAAAGUUUGUAUCACGAUAUAGCACGUAUGGCCUUCCAAUUUUGUCUGGAAUAUACUCGUAAGACUGAAUUUCGAAAGUUAUGCGAAAAAUUGCGAAAACAUUUAGAGGAAAUAUGUAAACUUCCUCAAUUAGUUUCUAAUGUAUCCAUGAACAAAGCUGAAACUCAACAAUUGAAUUUGGAAACGCGAUUGAAUCAAUUAGAUUCAGCUAUUCAAAUGGAACUUUGGCAAGAAGCAUUCAAAUCGUCAGAGGAUGUUCACGGUAUGAUGAAUCUAUCCAAGAAAUCACCAGUUCCUAAAACAAUGGCUAAUUAUUAUCAAAAAUUAGCUAUGGUAUUUUGGAAGGCUGGUAAUUAUCUGUUCCAUGCAGCAGCACUCUUUAAACUAUUACAGUUGUCACGUGAUAUGAAAAAGAAUAUGUCGUCAGAGGAACAACAACGAAUGGCUAAUCGAGUAUUGUUGGCAACCUUGUCAAUACCAUUGCCAUCGGCCCAUCCUGAAUUUGAUCGUUUUAUCGAAACGGAUAAAAGUCCUUUGGAGAAAGCACAAAAGCUCGCAACACUUUUAGGAUUGACACAACCACCAACGCGAGUUUCCUUAUUGAAAGACAUUGUCCGAUUGAAUAUCGUCAAUUUAGCCUCAAGCCAACUACAGGAAUUAUAUUCAUGGCUAGAAGUUGAAUUUCAUCCUUUGGAACUUUGUAGCAGAGUAGAUUCAGUCAUUCAAACGUUGCAAGCUGAUGAGAAUAGUCCUUUGACGCAAUAUAUUCCUGCUUUACAGGACGUUACACUUGUACGUUUAGUUCAUCAAAUAUCUCAGGUUUAUCAGACUAUACAAUUCGAUAGAUUGCUGGAACUUGCCAAGUUUGCAACUAAUUUCCAUUUGGAAAGACUUCUGGUCGAUUGCGUUCGUUACAACGAUAUGCAGAUAAGAAUUGAUCAUGGGAAACAAUGCGUACACUUUGGGGUUGAUCUUUCUGAAGCACAAAGAGAAGACCAUCCUGAUGGUCCAGUUUUACAAGCAAUGCCAUCAGAACAGAUUCGUUGUCAAUUGGUCAACAUGGCAACUGUUCUUCAUCGCGCAAUCAAUGUGAUCAAUCCUAACAAGAAAAAGUUCGAACGCGAGAAGCUUCGCGGUGCUAUGGUUAAUCAUUAUCACGAAACCAAGAUGAAGGAACAUCAAAGGAUUUUAGGUAGACACAAGAUCAUAGAGGAAAGAAAGGAAUACAUCGAGCAUAUAAACACGGUACGUGAAGAAGAAGAAAUGAGACGUCAAGAGGAAUUACAACGUCAGCAAAUAUUAGCUGAACAAAAGAGACUCGAACAAGAACGCGAGGAACGUGAACGUAAACGUCAACAAAGUGAGAUUCAACAAAUAAAGGAUCGACAUCUCAAAGAGAAAAUGCAACAGAUUUCGCAGACGAGUCAUGGUCAAAAGGUAUUGAAGAAACUCGACGAAGAUGAGAUUAAAAAGCUUGACGCCGAGCAGAUAGCAGCACGUGAAGCUGAAGAAUUGCAGAAGGAACGUAGAGAGAUGCAACAAAAGUUGAAAUCUCAAGAGAAAAAGAUCGAUUAUUUGGAACGUGCUAAACGUCUUGAAGAGAUACCAUUGUUGGAGAAAGCAGUGGAAGAUAAAAUGGAAUUGGCAAAGAAACGUUGGGAACAACAGGAAGCUGAACGUAUUGCAGCAGCCAUUGAAGAAAGACAACAAGCUGUAGCAACCAGGGAACGCAUGGCAAGAAUGAAAGAAGAUCAUGACACCUUCUUAGCUAAGAUUUUAGCUGAACGUAAGAGUCAUUACAUGGAGAAAUUAAAAGAAUUUGAAAAGAUGUUGAACGAGGAACGUGCCAAGAGAUUGCUCAAACGUAAAAUGGAACGUAAAGCUGAACGUAAGAUGAAAUGGGAGAAGGAACGUGCUGAGGCUGCUGAAAGAAGACGCCUCGAGGAAUUGCGUAUCAAACAAGAAGAAGAAAAGAAACGUUUGGAAGAAGAGAAAGCUAAGAGGGAAGAAGAGGAACGUAAGAAACGUGCUGAGGAAGAAGCAAGGAAAGCUGAACGUAUGGCUAAAAUUGAAAAACAAUCAGAAAUUGCUAGAGCUCGGGAAGCUUCAAUUGAACGUCGUAUGGAGGAACAGAAACAAAAGGAACAAAAAGAUUUAUUAUCCAAACGAAGACCUGAUGAUCGUUAUCGUCCUCCAGCUAGAGACAGUUUCAGUAGGCCAGCUGGUGAAAUUUCAAACUGGCGUUCUUCUGCUCAAGUUGAAAGAAACGACGAUUCCAGAUUAAGAAACUGGGAUUCGGACAAAUGGAGGAAAGAAAGGAGGAAAGAUGAUUUUGAUAGAGAUAUGAGCGACAGGGAUAGAUUAGAUAAAGGACCUGAGAAAGGUGGUUUCCGAGAUCGUGGAAUGUCACGAGUUAUUCUUAGUAAUACCGAAAGUGCACGACCUCGUCGUACCUACCGGCAAAACGAUACAAGUCGUAGUAAUGAUAUGAUGGAUUGGCGUAGCAGGGAUUCCACGGCUCAAGAUCCUCAAGAUCCACCACCAAGACGUCAAGAUGAUAAUAGACAAGAGGAAAGAAAGCGGCUUCCAGACGACGAUGAUUGGACAAAAGUAGACCGGCGGAGUUGAAGAUAAACUGAGGUUAUGAUGAUAAUGAUAAUGAUGAUGAUAAUGAUGAUAAUGAUGAUGAUGAUGAUGAUAAUGAUAACAUUGACAGCGAUUAUCCAUAAAACUAAGACAUCAACACAUACACAUAGAUUUUUGAUACGAUACGAAGCUCAUAUUAUGUUUGAAUAUUACUGUAUUGUUAUUUUCUUUUUUCUUUUUUUAUAUUUAAUUUCUUUCACAAAAAUCAUCUUUAUCUCUCAAUC